AUGGCUGGCUCGAAUAACAGUAGAACUCAGAUAGUUGACAGUUCUGAAUAUGAUAGGAGAAGUGAAGUCCAAGCCUUUGAUGAUUCGAAGGUUGGUGUAAAGGGACUUCUGGAUGCUGGUAUCACCAAGUUACUGCGUAUAUUCUUGAACAACCAGCCUGUGAUUGAAAAGAAAUCAGACUCCGAUGCAGUUACUAAGCUGAGCAUUCCAGUCAUAGAUUUUGAAGGUUUGGGAAAAAGUGCAGCUCAACGCAAUGAUAUUGUUCGAGAAAUAAAGGAUGCUAGUGAAAACUGGGGAUUUUUCCAGAUUAUCCAUCAUGAUAUCCUAAGUGUUAUGGAGAAAGUACUAGAAGGCGUUCGUCAUUUUCAUGAGCAAGAUCCUGAGGUGAAGAAACAAUUCUACUCCCGUGAUGUUACGAGGCAGUUCACCUACAAUACCAAUUAUGAUCUACACAAAGCAUCAACAGCUAACUGGAGGGACACUCUUUACUGUGUCAUGGCUCCUAAUCCUCCCGAUCCCGAAGAAAUUCCAGAGGUUUGCAGAGAUGUUUUGAUCAAAUAUACGGAGUAUGUGAUGAAACUGGGGCUUACUCUAUAUGAGCUACUCUCUGAAGCUUUAGGACUCAACCCAAAUCAUUUGGAAGACAUAGAAUGUGCGGAGGGGCUUUUCUUAGCUGGCCAUUAUUAUCCGGCAUGCCCUGAACCAGAAUUCACUUUAGGCCUUAGCGGCCACACAGAUAGCGGAUUCUUGACUAUUCUAUUACAAGAUCAAAUAGGUGGCCUUCAAGUCUUUCAUGAAAAUAAGUGGGUUGAUGUACCUUUCUUGCCUGGAGCUCUAAUAGUUAACAUUGGAGACUUAAUGCAGUUAAUCACAAAUGAUAAGUUCAACAGUGUUCUUCACCGAGUGCUGGCUAAAAGUGUCGGACCAAGAAUUUCAGUAGCAAGUCUUUUCAGAAUGCAAUUUCAAGAAGGCAGUGAAUCCAGACUAUAUGGGCCAAUCAAGGAGUUGUUAUCAGAGGAAAACCCUCCAAUGUACUGGGAACCAAACAGAAAUGAGUAUGUUGCUUAUCUAUACAACAAAGGGCUCGAGGGAACGUCUUUAUUGUCACAAUAUUUCAAAUUGCAGAAAUAG